AGCGGUGGAGAGCUGGUUUGGGAAGUGGUGGCAGGCGUCAAGCGCCAGAGCCCCGCGUUCCUGGAAGUUUGCGAGCCGGGGUGAGCAGAGAAACGCGGAGGCUCCUCUUGAUGCAGCACAACUCGCCCGGCUCCCUUCCAUUUUCUCAUAACAAACACACCGCAAAAUCUCUCGCAAGCUGCUUUGAUGAGGCCACAUGUAUUUCCCCCUUCUCAGUUUACAGGAAGUUACUCUUAAAGAAAGUGAUUCUGGUGUUUACGGCCCGCGUUAAAGGGCCAGGCCGCCUCCCUUCUCUGCCCGCCGGGCUCUGGGGACACGGGAGGGUCCCGGCUGGCCGGAGAGGUGCGGGAGACAGUGCUGGGGGCACACGGGCAGGAACACCCCGCGGAGGGUUUUCUCCGCCAGAUAAGCUCUGUCUCCCCUUUGGAAAGGCAUUUCCUGCUCAGCGAGGUGCGUUGCUGGUGCGAGCUGCUCCCACUUCAAGGUCUGGCUUUUGCCUGGUCAUCUGUUUUCAGAAAACCAGGAACCCCAUUUCAUCCAGCAUGGAGCUAGCUCCCCUUGAGAAUCUAUUCAAGUGGUGAACUUCACCACUUCAUUGAUGGAUUUAACGAGGACAAGAGCAACUGGAUGCGUUAUGUAAACCCUGGCUACUCUGUUCAGGAGCAGAACUUGGCUGCUUGUCAGAAUGGAAUGAACAUCUACUUCUAUACCAUCAAGCCCAUCCCUGCCAACCAAGAGCUGCUUGUGUGGUAUUGCCGAGACUUUGCAGAGAGGCUGCACUAUCCCCCCUCCAGAGAGCUGACAAUGAUGAACCUCACACAAACCCACGUUAAUCCAAAGCAGCACAGCACUGAUAAAGAUGAGCUUUAUCAGAAAAGUGUCCCAAAGAAGGAGCACAGUGUGAAAGAAAUCCUGAAAAUGGAAUCCAAUCCUCCUAAAGGAAAAGACUUCUUUCAGACCAACAUUUCACCAGUUACUCCAGAAAAAGACUUGGAUGAUUUACAUAAGAACUAUAGCCCGGAGAGGUGUUUCUUCCCUCGAGUUGUCUACCCAAUCCGACCUCACAUUCCUGAAGACUAUCUGAAAGCUUCCUUAGCAUAUGGCAUGGACAGACCGAGCUACAUCACUCACUCACCCAUCCAGGCAUCUACUACACCAAGUCCUUCCGGGAGGAGCAGCCCAGACCAAAGUUUAAAAAGUUCAAGCCCUCACAGUAGUCCGGGGGUCACAGUUUCACCUCUGGCACCUACUUCCCAAGAGCACAGAGAGCCAUACUCUUACUUGAACGGAUCAUAUGGCUCAGAAGGAUUGGGGUCUUAUCCUGGAUAUGCACCUCCUGGCCACCUCUCACCUGCCUUUCUACCGUCCUAUAACCCCCAUUACCCCAAAUUCCUGUUACCUCCAUUCAAUAUGAGCUGUAAUAACCUGAGCGCUUUGAACAAUAUCAAUGGCAUCAACAAUUUCAAUCUCUUCCCAAGGAUGUACCCUCUUUAUGGCAACCUGCUCAGUGGAGGUAGCCUUUCCCACCACAUGCUCAACCCCACCACGCUCCCCAGCUCAUUGCCCAGUGAAGGAGGCCGUCGACUGCUGCAGCCUGAUCAUCCAAGAGACUUCCUCAUACCAGCACCCAACAGUGCCUUCUCUAUCACGGGCGCUGCUGCCAGCAUGAAGGACAAGCCAUGCAGCCCUACCAGUGGGUCCCCCACCGCUGGUACAGCAGCCAGUUCGGAACACAUAAUGCAACCUAAACCUACCUCAGUGGUGUUGGCUGCCACCGGCGGUGAAGAAGCCAUGAAUCUCAUUAAAAGUAAGAGGAAUGUGACCGGUUACAAAACCCUCCCAUACCCACUGAAAAAGCAGAAUGGGAAGAUCAAGUACGAAUGCAAUGUUUGCUCCAAGACCUUUGGCCAGCUCUCCAAUCUGAAGGUGCACCUCCGAGUACACAGUGGAGAGAGACCAUUUAAAUGCCAGACUUGCAAUAAGGGCUUCACGCAGCUGGCUCACCUCCAGAAGCACUAUCUGGUACAUACGGGAGAAAAACCCCACGAGUGUCAGGUUUGUCACAAGCGGUUCAGCAGCACCAGCAAUCUCAAAACCCACCUGCGGCUCCACUCUGGAGAGAAGCCUUACCAGUGCAAGCUCUGCCCAGCCAAAUUCACCCAGUUUGUGCACCUGAAGCUGCACAAGCGUCUCCACACCCGGGAACGCCCCCACAAAUGCAUCCACUGCCACAAGAGCUACAUUCACUUCUGCAGCCUCCAGGUCCACCUGAAGGGCAACUGCCCCGUCGCCCCGGCCUCCGGCCGCUCCAUGGAGGACCUGAACCGAAUCAACGAGGAGAUCGAGAAGUUCGACAUCAGUGACAAUGCUGACAAGCUGGAAGAAGUGGAGGACAAUAUCGACUUAACAUCGAUCGUGGAGAAGGAUAUACUGACCAUGCUCAGGAGGGAAAUGGAAGGAGCUAACCUGAAAGUCUCUCUGCAGAGGAACCUGGGCAAUGGGCUUAUCUCCUCAGGAUGCAACCUUUACGAGUCGUCAGAUAUGUCAGUUAUGAAGUUGCCUCACGGUCACCCACUACCUCUGUUACCUGUAAAGGUCAAGCAAGAAACAAUUGAACCAAUGGACCCUUAAGACUUUUUGGCAAAGUGAUUUUUUUUAUUUAUGACUUGGCAAGUCAGGGUGCCUGUAGCAGUUGCUUGUACAUAGUUUCAAUGCUGCAAAGCAAUCUUGGCUUACAGUAGUUUCCCUACGCUCUUCAGCUGAAAGAAGGAACUCCAAAGUUACUGUUUUCUCAGGGCAUAAAAAGGGGCAAAGGACUCUGCAUUGCCUCGCCAGUUACUAAGAGACAAUCAUUUAUCCAUAAUUAUUUUUUCAAUGAUAGUACUUCAUAAUUUAUUAUGCAAUUAAUCAUUCUAAAAGCAAUAAUUAGGAAAAUGUUUACAAUGACUGGAAAAAUUCAUUGUAAUUUUUACUUUAAAUGUUUUUAUUUUUUGUUUUAUGGGCCAUUCUUUGUAGAUAUUUUUU